AGCAGCUGGUUGGGGAGACUGCCGCAAAGUGACAAGCAAGAAAAGAGAGAAGAUGAUAGGGAAAAUAUUGGGUUGGUUUUUCACGAUGCUUGCUUCACGCAAGCUGCUAACCGUUGAGAGGAGAGAGAGAGAGAGAGAGAGAGAGAGAGAGAGAGACGAGGGUAGGAUUGACUGCUGGGAGUGGCUUUAAAGACUCAUCAGUACAGAGAAACCGAAAGCAAACAGGCAUCAAGCAGUAAUUAGCUCCAACACAUCGAUCCCAUUCUCCUUCACUCCAUUUGAACACCUCCUUCGAUCUUAUUUUCUCCCUUUGUGUUCCUUUUGUCUUUGAUCCUUUCACCAACAACCCAAUCAAUUCAUCUUUUGUUAGGACCAACCCGAAGUUAAAAGAGAAAUCAGGGAGAAGGAGGAGGUUCAUCAGGUGACAUGAGUGGUAACGUAAGUCCAAGUCUGAGUGUCGGCGGAGGAAGUGGAAGUGUCGGUGGUGGUGUAGGAGGAGGAGGAGCAGGAGGUGGUGGAGGCGGCGGCGGAGGAGGUGGCGGUGGACUUGGACCCUGCGGGGCGUGCAAGUUUCUGAGGAGGAAGUGCAUGGCGGGGUGCAUAUUCGCGCCUUACUUCGAUGCCGAGCAAGGCGCGGCGCGCUUCGCGGCGGUGCACAAGGUGUUCGGUGCCAGCAACGCUUCGAAGCUCCUCCUACACAUCCCUGCCCACAAGCGUCACGACGCUGUCAUUACUAUCUGCUACGAGGCCCAGGCACGGCUCCGCGACCCCGUCUACGGUUGCGUUGCUCACAUCUUCGCCCUCCAACAACAGGUUGUCAGCCUGCAGGCAGAGCUGUCUUACUUACAAGCCCACCUAGCCACGUUGGAGCUGCCGUCCCCUCCGCCACCGCCCCCACCACCGUCGCUCCUCGCACCGACACCGUUCUCAACAUCAGACCUGACAUCGGUGUCGAGCCUCCCCUCCACCGGCGAUCUCUCGACAAUGUUCGACCCUCAGGUGCAGCCAGAAUGGCCUCUUCAGCAGCAGCAGCGACCACCCACAGAGCUCCGGCCACAGCUCAGCAACAGGGCAAGGAACGUGUUGGGGAACCCCGGAUGUGGAGGCGGCGAUCUCCAAGCAUUAGCAAGGGAGCUCCUCGAUAGGCACCGGUCGACCACCAGCGAGCCGCCUCCCAUCUCAAAGUAACAAUAUAGAUUGACUGAAGUCUACUCGUUUAUUCAAGACCGUAUAAUUCUCAGAGGUGGAAGGUGACAGGCGUUGCACAGAUCCAGGAGAUGUGCUUCCUAACCGGGGAUCAAGCAUCAAAUUUAAUUUAUAUGAGUCGUCUUAGAGGGACAUUCAUGUGCUUCUCUUGUAUUUCAUUGCUAAACAACUUUCUUUUGGUUUGUGUUGUUAAACAAAGAUGGAAGAACUCCACUUCUGUAUAAAAAGGCUUUCGGCAUUUUGAUCUGACGACAGAUUAA